AUGAGAAAAUCUGUCAAAUGUAGGUCAUGUUUAGGAAAAUGAAAUGAAAUUUAGAAUUGUAUUUGAAUAUUCACAAGCGUUACAAACACACCGACAAGAUAUUUAAAUUACAAAUGUGAUUGAGACACAUUUUGAUAAAUUAUAAGAUCAGGCAUGUUGGUAAUAACUCUUUUUUGUAUCAUCCAGUGAUAAUUCUUUUGUUACAAAGUUUAAUAUUCCGUAUAACCCCGCGCUCUAUAGGAGUGAACUCAAAUGGCCACAUGUAACACGUUUUAAAAAGAACUUUUUUAUUUAAAAUUGACUAAGAAACUAAAAUUAUUUGCAAGUAAGUAUAUUUUUCAUAAACUUUAUAAAAUAAGAAUAUUAUCUUAUAGAAACUUAAUAGUAAUAAUAAGUUUUUCAACUAUUAUCCCCAUGAGUCAUAUUGUUGGAAUUUGUUAUUGUAAAUAUGGCACUGCUUAGAACUCCCUAGACUUAAGAUCCACGGAGUUAUUAUGAACUAAUUAGUGUAGCUGGCGAAUCUAUGCAGAGGUUUAGGCUUUUCUGAGGAUUACGAUGGCGCUAGUGACCGUUCAGAGGUCCCCAAGUGUGAGCAGCUCCCCACCUUCCUCGGAAUAUGGCAGUUCUACACAUUCGUCUGAGGAGGAGGAACAAAAGAAUAGAAGCUUAAGUGAAUACUACUUUGCAGUGAAAGGCUUUGCUGUACUAUUACCCAAAAAUGAAUGCCAACUGGGUAGAGGAAGACGGACAACCAAAGCCCCUCCUGAUAUCCAGGCACACCUGCAGUUGAUGCUGCACUUGCUUUGUCAAGGGGACACACUUCACAUGGCUGUUCGCUUGGAGUCACAACACGCUGGUCGUGUGCGGUACUUGACAGUGGUGGGUAGGAUGGGACGGCAGGAUACUGAAGAAGAUUGUUUAUUAGGCAUAGAUUUUAGUUCUGAAAAACCAUCCAUUGGUCUGGUAGUUCCUGUUCUGGCAGACACAAUGAUAAAUUUAGAUGGUGAUGGAGGAUUCAGUGUAAGCACAGGAGGGAGGAAACACAUCUUCAAGCCAAUCUCCGUACAAGCAAUGUGGUAAGUAAUAUGUUUAUGGUAUUUAGAUCAACAGGAGUAGAUAU